GCUGCUUCCAGGGUGCUACAGAGCUUCCAGGAUGAUGACUACAGUCUUUGUCUUGUUGGCUGUUCUAGGACAAACAAGUGGCCAUUUUGAUACUAAUAUUGCUAAAGGUGGAAAAGUGACCCAGUCCUCCCUGGGGUUUAACGGCAUCCCCGAAAGGGCCAUUGAUGGAAACCGUGCUAGCAUCUGGAAACAGGGAUCCUGUAGCCACACACAAAAAGAUAAAAAACCCUGGUGGAGACUAGACCUCCUGAAGACAUAUAACAUCAACACUGUCACCGUCACCAACAGAAUGGACUGUUGCCACGAUAGGAUCAAUGGUGCUGAGAUCCGCAUCGGAAAUUCCCUCAAUGACGAUGGCAACGAUAAUCCCAGAUGUGCUGUUGUCUCGUCUAUCGCUGCCGGGACCUCCAAAACCUUUGCGUGUGAAGGAAUGGAAGGCCGUUAUGUGAACAUUGUGAUACCUGGAGGACCAGAAUACCUGACACUGUGUGAGGUGGAAGUCACUGGGACAGAAUCAGAUCAUUCCAUUGAAUAUGGCGUCGGCUGAGUCUGAAAUAAUUCCUCAUACUUAUGUCCACUAAAGCUAAUCUAUAUUUCUGCUUGUUUUCCUUCAGUGGUAUAUUCAUACUUACUAGUGCAGUUCCCGUUGAAAACAUGCCUGUUUAGAGCGGGCUGAAUGCUCGGCCUGUGGUGUUCUCGAGAACCGCUCAUGCAAACAACUUCACACUCAACGCUAUGCUUCCUUGGGUCCUGAGCAAUACACCUGCCAUGAUAUAGUUGCGCCACACACCCAAGUCGUUGCUACUCACGGUCAGAAACACUGGUAAAAUACACUCUGGUUCACAGGAAAAAACACACCCAAGUCGUGGUUACUUGCAGUCAGAAAAAUCGGUGAAAUACACUUUGUGGAGGCAAUCUCCAAAAUGAAUUAACAGAUGUACUUUGCUGGGGGUAAUAUUAUUAAUGUUAUAAGUUAGUAUCAAGUCUUAUACAGAGUAAAUACAGUCUUACUCGUGGGGGAAAAACACACCCAAGUCGUAACUUACUCACGGUCACACCGGUGAAAUACAUUGGCUAUAUCUGCUCGUGUUGACUCCAGGGAAGUGAAGAAGAGAACGGUUGUAAAGUGAGUGUGCACAGAGAUCGCUUGUUUAUUCAAAGUUUAUUAAUAUUGAACGUGUGUCCAAAUUGCACCAAAUUCAAAGAAAGCACUUCCUUGGGUCCCCAGCAUACACCUGCCAAGUGUGAAGUAGAUCGGAUGAGCGGUUCUCGAGAUAUGUGUAGGACACACAGACAGACAGAAUUCAGUUCCUGAUCCUGUGGCACUGUUCACCUAAGAAAAAGCAGCAGAGUCUGGCAUCGUGAGUCAUUUUCCUUUGACGUGUUUAAUAGUUUUCAUUCACUAUCCACUGCACUUGCAAAAUAAGCUUUUUAUACGCCAUUAAUCUCUCUUUUUUGCUCUGUGUUUUCUUUUUCUUGAACUUUAAAGUCAUUAAGGUGAAAUGUGAGGGUAAAAUCAGGGUGUAUUCUGUUAAUAAUAUGUGAAUAAUAACUACUGACAAUUAAACAAACAUUAAAGUUCCAGCAACUGUUGUAAGUCUGAGAAACAUCCUGUAGAAACCAUGGUCUACCAUGACUCUGCAGCAUACUGUGGGCACAUUGGUUAAUGUGUGAAUAUGUUUCUGUGAAGGUAGCUCCAUCUCAUGGUCACAACCUGCAGUUGAAUGAUUCUGUUAAAGCCAAUAAAUCACGUGUAUUUGUUUUUCUUGUUUCCAUUAGAUAACUGUUCAUUUAAUGCUAGUCGUGCUUGCACAUACAUGGUAUUUUAUAAUAGUAUGGUACAAUAUCUUAUUAUUGUUGUACCAUGUAAAUACAGUGGUAAGGGCGGCUGUAGCUCAGUGGGUGGAGAGUGGUCGUCUAGUUGUAGUGGUUUGACCCCCGUUCCUAUUGUCUUCAUGUCAAGGUGACCUUGAGUGAGACACUUAACCCCAAGCUGCUCCCCGGCUGCUUCACAGCAGCUCACUACUCCUUAGGACGGGUUAAAUGCAGAGAUCAUAUUUCAUGUGUGUACCUGUAUGUGACGAAUCUAAUAAAGGUUUAAGUUUGGUCGCUUACAUGAUGAUAUCAUGGUAUUACUGUGUGUAAUUGUGACCAAAUUAUGCCAAUUAUUUCACGAUAUUACCAUGACACUAACACCUUAAAAGGUGAUUUACGCAGCACCCCUCAGUAUCACAACGGAGGGAGAAGGUUAAAGAGGUUUACUCUAUGGAAAACAUCACUGCAAGGUGACAGAUGACAGAUCUGCAUGACAGAUGUAUUCUUAACUAAGUGGUCCCCAAUAACCUAAUUUUUCUCAAUUGAUGUGAACUAAAUGAAUAUGUAACAACCUGGGGACUUUUAUUUUUUAGUCUUCUAUUCAUUUUUGUUGAUAUUUAUUUAUUUUUCUUGUUGUGACUUUUUUUUGUAUCACUAUUUACUUUGUUUAUACUUACCUUCUCUUCACGCCUAAUAUAAGUAUAAACAAACAUGUUAUUUUUCCUCCCUGUACAUCUACUGUAUGUAUUCUCUGGGCCUAUGGACGAAAAUUAUUACUCAUUCCUACUUAAUGGAACAAUGUAUGGACAUUGUGGGGAUGCCGAAGCUCACGGGCUGCCUCUUAAGGACACUUGACCUUGCUGUUAUGUCAAAACAUGUGACUGUGCUGUACGACUCUACCUGUUGAAAGGAAAUAAAAAGAAGUUCAAAAAAAA